AUGGAUCAGGGUUGUAGUGAGCAGUUUCCAGAGGAAGCGGACUCAGGAGGCCGGGCAGAACAGGAGGGCAGCAGGAGGGCGUCAGACUCCGAGCAUGGUUUGUCCAAAAUCACCCAUAACGCCUUGGAGAACAUGGGAGCUUUGGGCCAUGGCUUGAAGCAGCUCUUCCAGCCGCAGCGCAGGCGUUCCUCUGUUUCCCCGCACGAUACCGCCGCUUCCUGUGCGAGCGCCCCCAUUUCCGAGCCCACCGAUGUAGUCUCAGAAGGCGGGGACACCCGAGCCCCCUCGGCUCUCUCCGUGGAUUCUGACGGUCCUGCUGCUUCCGCACCUCCCGCAGCUCUGAGCCGUGUGCUGCAGCAGAUCCGUGGUGCUCCACCAAUGAUGAAGCGAGGCACCAGCCUGCAGAGCCGCCGCAGCAAAGCGGGGGUUACCGGGGACGCCACUCAGAAAGGGAGCCCCCAGAUUCACCGGCGCAGCACCCAUGAGGCCCUGCUGCAGGCUGGAAGACCUCGCUCCUCCUCCACCACGGACACUCCCAGCAGCCCCGCCCUGGCGGACAUGCUGCUUACAUCGGGCUACCAUUCCACUGAGGAGCCUGACAAGUCGGAUCGAUACGAUGGAUCGGCUCCUGCUGCUUCACCUAAUGCCGUGUCCUGCGGUGGGGACGGGUACGAUGUGGUCGACAGCACACCGGAUCCUCAGCGCACAAAACAGGCCAUCGCCCAACUGCAGCAGAAGAUUCUCAAGCUCACGGAACAAAUCAAAAUCGAGCAGACGGCACGUGACGACAACGUGGCCGAAUACCUUAAGUUGGCCAAUAACGCGGACAAGCUGCAGAGCGUGCGGAUCAAGCAGGUGUUUGAAAAGAAGAACCAGAAAUCCUCGCAGACCAUCCAGCAUCUGCAGAAGAAGCUGGAGAACUACCACCGCAAGCUCCGUGAAGUAGAGCACAACGGCAUCCCGCGUCAGCCCAAAGACGUGCUACGUGACAUGCACCAGGGCCUGAAAGAUGUCGGUGCCAAGGUGACAGGCGGCCUCUCCAGCAUUUCCCAAGCUACUCACUCUGCAGCUGGCGCCGUGGUAUCCAAGCCGAGGGAAUUCGCUUUCCUCAUCCGCAACAAGUUUGGCAGCGCCGACAACAUCGCCGCCCUUAAAGAUUCUCUAGACGAGACGGCGGGAGACGAGAGCGUCUGCUCCGGGGGUGUGAGGACCCUCGGCGUGGGGCACCUGCAGUCCAGUCCAAAGUACGGCAGCGAGGAUGACUGUUCCAGCGCCACCUCUGGCUCCGCUGGGGCUAACAGCACGACCGGAGGCCCCGGGGGUCCUCCCAGCUCCAGGGGCAACACACUCGAUCCUUCUCAGGCGUCGGGAUUCGACGCUAUGCUCCAUGAGAUUCAAGAGCUGAGGGACAACCAAGGUCGACUUGAAGAGUCCUUUGACAACUUGAAGUCGCACUACCAGCGCGACUACACCAUGAUCAUGGAGGCCCUACAAGAGGAGCGAUUCAGGUGUGAACGCUUGGAGGAGCAGCUCAAUGAUCUCACCGAGCUGCACCAGAAUGAAAUCCUCAACUUGAAGCAGGAACUCGCCAGCAUGGAGGAGAAGAUUGCCUACCAGUCCAACGAAAGAGCCAGAGACAUCCAGGAGGCGCUGGAGGCAUGCCAGACUCGCAUCUCCAAGAUGGAGCUGCAGUUGCAGCAGCAACAGCAGCAGGUGGUCCAGCUGGAGGGUUUGGAGAACGCCACGGCACGGACGCUCCUGGGAAAACUGAUCAACGUGCUUCUUGCUGUCAUGGCUGUGCUGCUGGUGUUCGUCUCCACCGUGGCCAACUGUGUGGUGCCGCUGAUGAAGACGCGGGGCCGCACGCUCUCCACGCUGCUCUUGGUAGUCUUAGCCGCCUUCCUGUGGAGGCACUGGUACGCUUUCGCCGAGUAUCUGCAUCGCUUCCUGCUGCACCCCAGAUGA